AUGUCUUCUCAUCCACUUCGCCUACCUUACGAUCCAGAGUUGCAAGCGGUACUGAAUGGAAUGAGUUUUACGCCAACUAUCACACUAGACGACAUCCCCCGAGUCCGGAAAGUCACGUGCCCUACAGCUAGCCAGGCUCUCGCCGGACAAGCUGUCGAACACGAAGAACACGUCAUCGCUAGCCCUGAGGGCAACCUGGUGGUAUCCAUCUUCAGUCCAUCCACCGCGUCAAAGGCAGACGUGGAAGUGCCGCAUACAGACAAGGUUUUACGUCCAGGUAUGUACUACAUACAUGGAUGUGGAAUGUUUACUGGAUCACGGUUCCUCGGUGUACAAAUGGUCCUUGAUUGGAUUGUAAAACUAGGCGUCAACUGUGUGGCGAUUGAAUAUCGCCUGCCACCGGAACAUCCAUAUCCAGCUCCUAUGUCGACACAUGCGACUGAGCUUGGGAUUGAUCCAGAUAACAUAAGCAUUGCGAGUACAUCUGCAGGGGGUGGUUUGGCGGCCGGAACUGCUCUGCUAGCCCGCGACCGAGGUGGGCCAGCAUUGCGAGCUCAGAUUCUCGAAUGUCCGAUGCUAGAUGACCGCAACAACACAUUCUCAGCGAAGCAAUUUGCUACGGGAGGCACAUGGAGUCAAGGAAGCAAUGCAACGGGUUGGUCUUGUUUACUAGGUGGAAAGGGCAAUGAAGAUGAUGUGAGCAUAUGCGCCGCUCCAUCUCGAGCAACUGAUCUAUCCCGACUACCUCCUACCUUCAUCUCUGCUUUCGCGUAUGCUUCAACCCUCUGGAAAAGUGGUGUUCAGGCCGAAGUGCAUGUCUGGGCUGGGGGAUUCCAUGGCUUUAUGGAGUUGGCGCCAACUACAGCCGUCUCUAUCGCUUCUCGCGAGGCUAGGACAGCAUGGGUGCAGCGUACGCUUUGCUCGAACAUUAACACAUAA